GUGUGAGCUUGAUCUUUUUGUUUUGUCCUGCUGCACCACGACUUCCUUUAAUGCAAAUUUUAACUCCACUUUAACAUAGCCACUGUUUAUCAUAUCAUGUGGCUCCUAUUGCUGGGGGUGGCGGCGGCACUGAUCUUCCUGUAUAGAUGGAACAGACAGAAACAGACACUCGAGAAUCUCACAAAUAAAUAUGUGCUGAUCACCGGCUGUGACUCUGGAUUUGGGAACCUUGCAGCAAAGCAACUGGAUGCUCGAGGACUGAAGGUGCUGGCAGCUUGUCUAACAGAGAAGGGAGCUGAGGAGUUGAAGAAAGAGACAUCCAGCAGACUCAAAACUGUCAUUGUGGAUGUUAGUGACAGCGAGAGUGUUAGCAAGGCUGCUGAAUGGGCUUCUCAGAUUGUUGGAAAUGCAGGACUCUGGGGUUUGGUAAAUAAUGCAGGAAUUGGCCUUCCCGUUGGACCUAAUGCUUGGAUGAAGAAAGAACACUUUGUCAAGGUGAUCGAUAUAAAUUUGCUGGGUACAGUCGAUGUGACACUUAAACUGCUGCCUCUUAUCAGAAAAGCAAAGGGACGAAUUGUGAAUGUCGCCAGCAUUAUGGGAAGGAUUUCUCUUUUGGGGGGAGGUUACUGCCUCUCCAAAUAUGGUGUGGAGGCCUUCUCGGACAGCCUAAGGAGGGAGCUUUCCUGCUUCGGGAUAAAGGUUUCUAUUAUUGAGCCAGGAGGUUUCAAUACUUCCAUUAUAAAUGCCAAUGCAUGUAAGAAGAGUAUAGAACAGCUAUGGGACAAUCUGCCAGCUGAGACCAAGGAAAGCUACGGAGAACAGUACUUACAUGAGACUUUACAGAAAAUCGAAGAGCUGAUUAAGGCCAACAGCCCCAAGCUCUACAGGGUCACAAACUGUAUGGAGCAUGCACUCACUGCUUGUCACCCAUGGACCCGCUAUUCUCCUGGAUGGGAUGCAAAGUUAUUCUACCUCCCGCUUUCCUACCUUCCAACCUUCUUAGCAGACUACGUGGCAUCCAGGCUAGCACCCAGCCCACCCAAAGGAGCAGCAUAAAGAACAAGAAUACACAAGCCUUUAUGAUUCAUGACUUCUUGUAUUGACAGCUAAUUGAACUAUAGCUUAUUACUGCAAAAUAGAAUUUGUUCAUUUAUUUCCAACUGCUCUGUUUGUUGCAUAAUUUUAUUACUGAUGGUUUGGCCCCUCUCUUGCAAUAAAGAUUUCUUUCUGCUUU